AAUCAUUAUAUCCAUCAUUUUCUGGAUCUGGAUCAAUGGCUAGCAUCACUGCAGGAGGGACUUCGAAUAACUCCGCCAAUUCACAACCUGAACCGCGUAAAGUUCGGGCUUUGUAUGAUUUUGAAGCGGCUGAAGAGAAUGAAUUGACGUUUUUUUCUGGCGAGAUUAUACAUGUACUAGAUGACUCCGAUCUGAAUUGGUGGAAAGGCUAUAAUCAACGCGGGGAAGGUUUGUUUCCAUCGAACUUUGUAACCGCUGACUUGUCUGUUGACCCGGAACGUUUAGAUAUCAAUCAACACAAUAAAACGAAAAAGGGUGUGCAAUUUGAAGAUGAUACCAAAGCAUUGCAAUUAAAGACUGAGGCUGCCGCAGCGGCAGUUGCCGAACAACGAAUCGAAAUCGAUGAAGUAAAGAUUGACCGUCUAUUGCAUCUUCUGCACGAAGCGAGCCCUGAAGACCCUUCGCAAGAUAGCGAAGAAAUGCUGCGCUUAGAGCAGCAAGUACAUCAAAUGGGACCACUUAUUGAUGCAGAGUUGGAGCGUGUUGAUCGCAAGCAUGCACAACUAACGCAAUUAUCCAGUGAUUUGGUGGACGCAAUCAAUCUGUAUCAUUCGCUUAUGCGCGAUGAUCAUAUGGGACUAUCAGGUGGCCCCGUAUCUGGAGGUUAUAUAGGUGGUGUGCCAGAAAUGGUAAGAACAAUGGCGGGUUUAGAUUAUCAAGGCGUGCCAAAUGCACAAAUGUUAUACGGUGCAGUUAGCUAUCCAGGCAAUACACAUUUUCCACCACAUAUUCUACGACCGCAAGACAUUCCACAGCAAAGUUACGGCAUGCAAUCGUUGCCCUACGCCAACGCUGUACUGAUGGCCCGUAAUCUCGCACCUGUUACCACUCAAAAUUCCCCAAACGUGGCUUCAUCAGUAGUAUCGGUACCGGGCGGCAGUUAUCCUAUCCCCUUGGAAUAUCAGAAUGGACACGAAAACCCAGGACAGCGGAAUGAAAAUGUGGAAUUCGAACCUGACCAUCACCAGACAUCAACAACUUGUG